AAAGGCUCGGUGGGCGCCGGCGGCGGGCCAGUCGGUCGCGCAUCACCAUGGCGUCUGCACGCGCUGCCUGCCUCGUGCUGCUGGCCCUGGCCGGCGCCGCCUCAGCCGGUUCGAUGCUGAGGAGGAGACAGCUGGACACGUCUGGAGCCCUGCUGCAGGCCUUCGUCCCCCAGGAGCCACCGGCGCUGGCUGACCCUGCCGGCGCCGAGAACCGCCAAUCGGAGGGCGGCUUCAGCCCGCAGAUCCCCAACUUCCAGGCCGGCAGCGCCCUCCCGCGUGAAGAGCCGACCACCCACGGGCGGCGGCGGAGACGUCAGAUCGCGCAGAAGCUGCAGGACAUGCUGAACGCGCCGUACAGCGGCCGGCUGCCCACCGACCUGCAGCCGCUGAUGCACCAGAGUCUGGAGCGACGGCGGCACGUCCAGCAAUUCAACGCCAUCCGGCGCAGUGGCGGGCAGCAGGAGGACCUGCGCAGCCGGCCGGCCUUCCAGCCGGGUCCGCAGCCCAGCCCGCAGAUCGACCGGCUGGCACUGCCCAGCCUCUUCCCCGAGAGAGACGAGUCGGAGGAGCGGCGUCCCGAACAGGGAUUCGGACAGCAGCAUGAGUUCGGCGGCCAACAGGAUUUCCGGUCUCAGCAGGACUUCAGAAAUCAGGACGAGUUCCGGCCUCAGCAGGACUUCAGAAAUCAGGACGAGUUCCGGCCCCAGCAGGAGUUCCGACCCCAGGACGACUUCCGACCUCACGAUGAGUUCCGGCCUCACCAGGAGUUCCGUGACCAACAAGACUUCCACCCGCAGGACUUCCGUCCGGAGGACGACUUCCGCCGGGAUCAAGGCUUCAGACCGGAGCAGGACUUCGAUCCAACUCACGACUUCAACUUUAGCCCGGAGCACGACAUCCGUCGCCGGCCGCGCCCGGCUCGCAGGCCACAGAACUCAGGCUUUGUGCCGGACAACGGCGGUCUGCCCAGUCGCCUCUUCAGCCAGAUCCGGAGGACGUUCUUUGGAGGCCAGGCGCAGAACCGCCGGAAAAGAAGUGUUGAACAGACCAGCGACAUCUCGAGACUGACACCACGGCAGUUGUUUAACGAAAGGCCAGCAGACAACCGGCCAGCCGCCGACGAGAACAGCGCCGGCUUCUUCCAGAUGCCGCCGGGCUUCCCCAACAUGGCGUCUCUGAGCGGAUUCGCCGACCAGUUCCAGGACUCGCCCAACGCCGUGAACAACAUCGACGUGCCGGGCAUCCAGUUCCCGGCCUCGCCGUUCCAGUCGCGCUUCGACGACGAGCCGCAGCCUGUGUUCCAGGAGACGCCAGCCGGCAGCAACUAAACUCGAGUUCUAAAUGUGCCCGCGCGGACUCUAGCACAUAGGUGCCAGAGCCGGCGCUGCGCCCCUCCCCCACACUACUCCAGUGACUGAACACCCCUUUCAGCUGACCCGGAGGAGCCGCCGCUCGGCGCCGUUCCCUCGCGGCGGCGGCUGGCGGGACGCCCGCCGACACUCCCACCACGGCCCGACGUACCCGGCGUACCCGGUACACGAGCGGCACGACCCCGGCCCGAGCGGC